AUGCUUGGAGAGCAGGUAAACGAGCUUGAGCAUAGAGUGAGCUCAAACGAGGAUGACAUCACAGACCUGGCCAGACGUGUAAAGGUGCUUGAAAAAGAAAACACUGACCUGAAGGCAUGGGUUGAAGACGCCGAGAACCGGAGCAGACGCUCCAACCUACGCUUCAUCGGCAUCCCCGAGAAGGCUGAGGGUAACAACAUCCUUGACUUCAUGAGUUGUCUGAUUCCGCAGCUUCUAGGUGAAGCGAAUUUCUCCACUCCUCCGGUGAUCGAGCGCUGUCAUCGUACCGCAGUCAAGGAUACCUCCAGAGCCAAGGGUCCCAGGCCGAUCGUGGUAAAGCUCCACUACUUCCAGGACAAGAUAAAGAUAAUGAAACUCUCCAGGGAGAAGAAGGAGCCCCCUCAGUACAAAGGAGCUCGAGUUUACAUCUACCCGGACUUCUCCGCUGGUCUGAUCCAGAGACGCCGGAGAUUUGAUGCAGUUAAGAAAAAGCUUCGUGACCGUGACAUCAAAUAUGCCUUGAUCUUUCCCUGCACGUUGAGAGUUGUCCAUGCUGCAGCAGUCCACUGUUUCAGCAUCCAAUCAGCAGCCAGCAUGAGCAGCAGAAGCCGCAGGUCCUGCACGCUGCGUUCCUCCAGCUUCCUGAGACAGAGAGGACUGGGGGGACGACUGGACAGACGGGCUCUACAGAAGCCUGGAUGGACAAAAGACGAGGAUGAGAAGCUGUUCAAGCUGAUGAAGGAGUUUGGACCAAACAGCUGGCCUUCAGUUUCUCUCCAUUUUAAAGGUCAAAGGUCAAAUGUGGACUGUCAGAGGAGAUGGCAGCAGAUCAAGAAUCCAGAGCUGAUCAAAGGACCCUGGACCCAGGAUGAGGAUGAAAGGCUCAUUGAUCUGGUGCAAAAGUAUGGCGUAAAGCGUUGGUCACUGAUCGCCCAACACCUGCACAGUCGGAACGGGAAGCAGUGUCGAGAGCGCUGGCAUAACCACCUCAACCCCAUGGUGAAGAAGAGCCACUGGACGCUGGAGGAGGACCGCAUCAUCUGUGAGGCGCACAGACUGCUGGGAAACCGCUGGGCCGACAUCUCCAAGCUGCUGCCAGGCAGGACUGAUAACUCCAUUAAAAACCACUGGAACUCUACUUUGAAGAGGAAGGUGGAGAGGGAGGGAUACCUGCAGUUUCUACACUGCUACAGCUCCUCUAGCUCCUCCUCCUCCAGCAGACCGUCACCCAGAAAGGCCACCAUCGCCACUAAGGCCGACAGUCUGACCUCCAUGAAGGAUGAGUCCAGCUGCACCGCCAGUGAUCAGAGUGUGGGCCGUCUCCAUAGCAACCAGUCUCACCUGUGCUGCCACUGUGGCCCCAACUCCUCAGGUUAUGACUCCCCUCUGAGCAUGUGCGAGCUGACGGCACCGGCUGAGCUAAUGGAGGAGGCUACCUCUCAGAACCAGGAAAGCUGGAGCUGUGGUCGAAAGGAUGUGACAUUAACACUCUCCAGCAGCAUGUACAGAGACAAGCCUGACCCAUCAGUGAUGGAUCUAAGCAGGACUUACGUGGUAGGUCUGAAGGAGCAGCUGGUAAGCAGAGAUUGUGGAACCUCAGUCCCAGAGUCCAUCUCCUGGUUAAAGAACAGCACCCACGGAGCUCUGAUUUCCUCCCCCUCUGAGUUCCUCAGCCUGUGUGGUUUAGAUGAUCUGAAGUUCCAGUGCCCAGCUCUCACCUCAACCCCAGUGUGUGUCCUCAAACAGUCAAGCAGCAGGGAGCAGACGGACAGCUCUCAGACCCCCCCAGAGAUCACAGAGAAGAUCAGGCUGUUGUUGAUGUCUGCUCCUCAAACUCCGACUCCUCUGAAGAACCACAGAAACAGCCAGGACCAGGUACAAGGAGAGAGCCUGAUAAGCCUGGUCCACGAGGUCCAUGCAGAGUCCUCUUCACUGCUUCAGGAAGACGCCGGUGUCUUAGUGGAGGUUCAGACAGAGUCAGGUUCCACAACGGCAGCCCGUGAGGAGCUAGGCGGUGUGGAGUUGGACAACGUAAUGCUGAAUGGCGUGGAGCAUGGCAGGUUGGAGCUGGGUGGUUUGGGGUUGGACGGUGUGCUGCUGGCCGAUGUAGAGCAAGGCAGUGUGGAAUCAGGCCACGAGGAGCCAGGCUGCCUGCUGUUGGAGGGCCAGAUUGAGGUGUGGUGGUCUCAGCAGUCAGGGGGUCACCUGCACUUACCUGAUGGGCUGGACCACAGAGAGCAGACUGAGCAGUUUCAUGAUGUGAUGUUUGGUAAAACAGAUGAUCAGAAGAGUCUGACAGAGCAGGCCAGACUCUACGUGGAGCCCUGAGCCCCCAGAGACGUCUACUGCUUCUGGUCUCAACCUUCACUUCUUAAUGCACUACAUCCCAUCAUCCCUAACACCUUCAUCAUCCCUAACAUCUUCAUCAUCCCAUCAUCCCUAACACCUUCAUCAUCCCUAACACCCUUCAUCAUCCCAUCAUCCCUAACACCUUCAUCAUCCCUAACAUCUUCAUCGUCCCAUCAUCCCUAACACCUUCAUCAUCCCUAACAUCUUCAUCAUCCCAUCAUCCCUAACAUCUUCAUCAUCCCAUCAUCCCUAACACCUUCAUCAUCCCUAACAACUUUAUCAUCCCUAACACCUUUAUCAUCCCAUCAUCCCUAACACCUUUAUCAUCCAUAACACCUUCAUCAUCCCUAACACCUUCAUCAUCCCUAACACCUUCAUCAUCCCUAACAUCUUCAUCAUCCCUAACACCUUCAUCAUCCCUAACAUCUUCAUCAUCCCAUCAUCCCUAACACCUUCAUCAUCCCUAACACCUUCACAAUCCCUAACACCUACAUUAUCCCAAACACCUUUAUCAUCCCAUCAUCCCUAACAUCUUCAUCAUCCCAUCAUCCCUAACAUCUUCAUCAUCCCAUCAUCCCUAACACCUUCAUCAUCCCUAACACCUUCAUCAUCCCUAACAUCUUCAUCAUCCCAUCAUCCCUAAUACCUUCAUCAUCCCUAACAUCUUCAUCAUCCCAUCAUCCCUAACAUCUUCAUCAUCCCUAACACCUUCAUCAUCCCUAACAUCUUCAUCAUCCCUAACACCUUCAUCAUCCCUAACACCUUCAUCAUCCCAUCAUCCCUAACAUCUUCAUCAUCCCUAACACCUUCAUCAUCCCUAACACCUUUAUCAUCCCAUCAUCCCUAACACCUUUAUCAUCCCUAACACCUUCAUCAUCCCUAACAUCUUCAUCAUCCCUAACACCUUCAUCAUCCCUAACAUCUUCAUCAUCCCAUCAUCCCUAACACCUUCAUCAUCCCUAACACCUUCAUCAUCCCUAACACCUACAUUAUCCCUAACACCUUUAUCAUCCCAUCAUCCCAUCAUCCCUAACAUCUUCAUCAUCCCUAACACCUUCAUCAUCCCUAACACCGUCAUCAUCCCUAACAUCUUCAUCAUCCCAUCAUCCCUAAUACCUUCAUCAUCCCUAACAUCUUCAUCAUCCCAUCAUCCCUAACAUCUUCAUCAUCCCUAACACCUUCAUCAUCCCUAACAUCUUCAUCAUCCCUAACACCUUCAUCAUCCCUAACAUCUUCAUCAUCCCUAACACCUUCAUCAUCCCUAACAUCUUCAUCAUCCCAUCAUCCCUAACAUCUUCAUCAUCCCUAACACCUUCAUCAUCCCUAACAUCUUCAUCAUCCCAUCAUCCCUAACACCUUCAUCAUCCCUAACAUCUUUAUCAUCCCAUCAUCCCUAACACCUUCAUCAUCCCUAACACCCUUCAUCAUCCCAUCAUCCCUAACAUCUUCAUCAUCCCUAACACCUUCAUCAUCCCUAACAUCUUUAUCAUCCCAUCAUCCCUAACACCUUCAUCAUCCCUAACAUCUUUAUCAUCCCAUCAUCCCUAACAUCUUCAUCAUCCCUAACACCUUCAUCAUCCCUAACAUCUUUAUCAUCCCAUCAUCCCUAACACCUUCACAAUCCCUAACACCUACAUUAUCCCUAACACCUUUAUCAUCCCAUCAUCCCUAACAUCUUCAUCAUCUCUAACACCUUCAUCAUCCCUAACAUCUUCAUCAUCCCUAACACCUUCAUCAUCCCUAACACCUUCAUCAUCCUAUCAUCCCUAACACCUUUAUCAUCCCUAACACUUUCAUCAUCCUAUCAUCCCUAACACCUUUAUCAUCCCUAACACCUUCAUCAUCCCUAACAUCUUCAUCAUCCUAUCAUCCCUAACACCUUUAUCAUCCUAACACCUUUAUCAUCCUGACAGCUUUAUCAUCCCUAACAACUUCAUCAUCCCUAACAUCUUCAUCAUCCUAUCAUCCCUAACACCUUUAUCAUCCCUAACACCUUUAUCAUCCUGACACCUUUAUCAUCCCUAACACCUUUAUCAUCCCUAACACCUUUAUCAUCCUGACACCUUUAUCAUCCCUAACACCUUUAUCAUCCCUAACACCUUUAUCAUCCUAACACCUUUAUCAUCCUAACACCUUUAUCAUCCUAACACCUUUAUCAUCCCUAACACCUUAAUCAUCCCAUCAUCCCUAACACCUUCAUCAUCCCAUCCUGGCCGUCCUCAUCCUCACCAGCAGCAGCAGAUGACCAGAGGCUUUUUUUUUUAACCUUUUUCUGUAUAUAUUUGAUCACAUUAUUUUAGUGACUUUGGGAUCCUCUUAAUGCUGAGUCAACCUGAGAAUCAUGAGUCAGCAUCUUCAUCAUUUAAAAUCAUAUUUAGAAUGUUUCUAGUAUCAAACAUGUUAUUGAUUUAUUUAACCGUUUUUAAAACUACAGUUUUUUAUGGUUUGAAGUGAUAAAAUACUACUUUUUUUUUUACUUGAUUUCUGGCGUGUAGACCUUUGAUAGAGAUUUUAGAUUUUCAAGGAGCCGUAUGUUCAAUAUUGUUUUUAUUUAUUUCUUGAGUGCUGGAAGAUUUCUAUUUUUAUUUUCACUAAACGUUAAUUAUUUAUAUUUCUGAAACAAAGUCACUUUGAAUUUUAAACCUACUUCUGGAUUUUGAAUUCAGCCUUAAAUCAAACUUAAAUCAGAGUAGAGACUGGUGUCUGCCUCUGAGUUUACCCCACACUGUCAGUAAGACAGAGCCAUCUCAGAGGAAUAAACCACACUCAUCAAGCUCCCACCAAAGCAGAGCAGUAAAGCAGUGCUCUGAUUUAAUUUAUUCUGAUUGAAGGUGGAUAUGUGAGACCAGAUUAAGGGCUGGUUAAUUUAUUUCAGAGCUUUUGGACUUUAAGACAUUUCAAUCAUCUGGUGAUCACAUUUAUUUAUUUAUUUAUUUAUUUAUUUAUUUGUUUUUCUGCUUGUUUGAGCUUAAAGAUGUUUUACUUUUCUCUGAUUUUAUGUUUACAUGUCUUAUGUGCAAUAAACACCAGAACCUGAA